GCCUUGGCUGCGGGCCUUACGGUGGAUUCCACGCCGAGCCAAGCAGGGAGGACGUCGGGAUGAAGCGAUAUUUCACAGCGAAGUGUUUCAGUGCGUUCCAUCCAACAUAAAAUGAGCUCAAAGGUCAGACACUGAGCUGACGGUGGACCAGGGGAGAGCCAAUCAAACGUAGAGGACAGCCUCAGCAUCAAAAUGAGCCAAGACACUACAGAGACACGAACACGAACCCGCUCCAAGGGCAACCGGGUGUCGUCGGAGCUUACGGGACAGGAGAUGAAGCAGGAGUUAAGCAGCUGUCCCACGCCCGGAUGUGAUGGCAAAGGCCACGUCAGUGGAAGAUACUCGCGGCAUAGAAGCAUACUGGGAUGCCCGAUUGUGAAGAAAAGGAAGCUGGAGGAGGCUGAGGCUGAGGCUGAGGCUGAGGCUGAGGAGAACCACUCUGCUCCCAAGAGGAGGAACCAGCCCGCCAUGGCAGCAGCGGAGGAAGGCUUCACAGCAGACAGCGACGCCGCAGAGGAGGACGAGGAGGAGGAGGAGGAGGCGCAGAAGGAAGAGGAAGAGGAGGAAAAGGAAGACCUCAAAGAGAAGAAGAACAACAACACAAAGAGCAGACUGGAGUCGACAAAAACAGACUGCUCCCUGGUGACAACAGAGGACACACAAACAGCAGUUUGUCCUCCGGCUGAGGUUGGCAACAACCAAAGCCUCACCUCCGAGACGGAGAACCAAACGGAGCAGGACAACACUAGUGAGGAAGUCAGCCAUGAUCCUCAGCCAGAGGAAAGGAAGGAGCAGAAGGAGGAAGGUCAGCUGCUGUCAAAGGACCAGUCCUCAGAGCAACCUGAAGAAGAACUUACUGAGCCUGAAGAGACAAAAGAAGAGAAGGAAGAGGAAGCAGAAGAAGUAAAGGAAGAGCAGCAGGAGAGGCUAAAGAAUAUCGUAGAAGAGAAGGUGAUAAAAAGACAUGUGAUGAGCCAGGAAAACUGUGAUCACCAAUACUCCAGCGGAGAUUACAACCAUCAGGCCAAAGAAUCCACAGAGGAGCAGAGGAAGAGGGAUGAAGAGGAGGAGGAG